AAUUUACUAUUGGCUCCACAGUUGGAUUUGACUAAAAUAUAGAAAGUGAAAGAUAAGCUAUACAACAUAAAGUAACUUCAAAGUGAAAGAAUGCUCCUAGCAGAGUUCAUCACAAACCUUAAAACAUAUUAGCUACAAUAAAUUCUCCAGAAAAUUCUACUGUCUCAUACACAUUUUGUUAUUAAUUUUUUAAAGUCCAUGAUGAUUUGGAACCAAUGACUACUAUAGUGUGCUGGCAUUGGAACAAAUUGAGUCACUUCUUCACUUUAUACUUGUUUGUUUCAAUGAGCAUGUGUUCUGCUAUUAUUAUGAUUGCUAUUAUGUGUUCUGAUAUCUCAAUAUGACUUCCACAAGACGACUCAAUUGGCGGCAUAGAUGUCAGUGCAUCUCCUCCAAGAAUUCUACUUAUGAAGAGGAAAAGGGAGAGGACAUUUCUAGAGCAAUCUUGAUAUGGAGAGAAAUCAAGUUACCAAUUUACUCUGUUGCCUUGGUUCCUCUCACUCUUGUGGGGCACUUUCUGGAGGAGACAUGUGUAAACCCUACUUUCAUUAUUAACCAUCUAGAGAUUAUGAGUUCAUUGGCAAAGUGGCAUAGGUCAAAACCAGGCUUGACUGAACGUUUUGAAUUAUUUGUCAACAAGCGUGAAGUUUGCAAUGCAUACACGGAGUUGAAUGAUCCUGUGGUACAACGCCAACGGUUUGCUGACCAACUCAAGGACCGACAAUCAGGUGAUGAUGAAGCAAUGGCUUUGGCUGAAACAUUUUGCACGGCUCUCGAGUAUGGUUUGCCCCCAACUGGUGGUUGGGGACUGGGUAUUGACCGACUAACAAUGAUGAUGACAGAUUCGCAGAACAUCAAGGAAGUUCUACUCUUUCCGGCCAUGAAACCUCAGGAUGAACCUUCUGCUAAAGAACACAUCCAAACAGCUUCUGGCUUGGGUCCAGUAUAGGUUUUCAAUCUGCCAAUAUGCAUGCAAAUCUGCCUACAGAAGGUUUACUUCUGUUUUGGUUAUGCAUUUAAAUCUUCCUGCAGAAGGUUUACUUCUGUUUUGGUUAAAUUGUUUCUAAUUUCAUUUCUUUUCAUUUCAUUUACUUUUGUUUUGGCGGUGAGAAACAAACAUAGGAUUGAAAACAUUAAAGUUGUGCAUGUUUUUGUCAAAUCUGGAUUGAGGGCUGCUGUUGGCUUUUUGUUAGAAUACUAUGAAAGUCAUUUCCAAAUUUUGGUUAUAAACUUACAUAUUGACAACCAUUGUUCAGGGGGCUCUCAUUGUGGUCUGUUUCUGGCCAGACCAUCUCAUCUGUCUCUCCCUAAGAAAGUACUGCUGUUAUUGUGUAGGGGUUGUCCUCGUACUAUGUUUACUAUGCAAUCCAAUUAUUCUGAGUACACUUUUAAUUCUUCGCAAA